CAGGUGCAUCACCAGGUCCUUUUACCGGAAUGUGGUGGGUGUCCUGCUAGUCUUUGACGUGACAAAUAGGACAUCUUUCGAACACAUCCGAGACUGGCAUCAGGAGGUCAUGGCCAGCCAGGGCCCAGACAAGGCAGUCUUCCUGCUAGUUGGCCAUAAGAGUGACCUGCAGAGUGCCCGCUGUGUCUCGGCUCAGGAGGCAGAGGAGCUGGCCGCCUCCCUGGGCAUCAUGGCCUUUGUGGAGACCUCAGCCAGAAACAACAGCAAUGUGGACCUGGCCUUUGACAUCCUCGCUGAUGCCAUCCAGCAAGCCCUACAGCAGGGGGACAUCAAACUGGAAGAAGACUGGGGGGGCAUCCGCCUCAUUUACAAGACCCAGAGCCCUGGGCCCCCCAGCAGGAAGCAGCACCCAGGCCCAUGCCAAUGUUGA